UGAAAAUAGAUCCAGCUGGGUUUGGUCUGACCAUCAUCAUCCUCGCUGGCUCCUCUUUCCUCCAGUUUCCUCGGGAAAAUCGGACCGUAUCCGCCGCUACCUGAAGGAUUUACGGACACUUUCUCCUCUCGGCGCGAAUUAACGCCUCCAGUCCGCCGGAAACAGCCUGAAAUCUUUAUUUCCGCUGUUUAUUUCUGCCUGUGAAGCCGAAGAGAGGAUGUCUGUCGCGGGGUUGAAGAAGCAGUUCCAUAAAGCCACCCAGAAAGUCAGCGAGAAAGUCGGAGGAGCAGAAGGAACCAAGCUGGACGAUGACUUCAAGGAAAUGGAGAAGAAGGUGGACAUCACCAGCAGAGCGGUGCUGGACAUCAUGACCAAAACCACGGAGUACCUGCAGCCCAAUCCAGGUGUGGUUCACACAUACACACACACUAACUAUAAAACUAUGCAACGGUUCGGUUCUGUUGGUCCAGGCCUGGCGCUGAUCGACGCCGGCGAGGCCAUGAAGGAGCUCGGCGAGGUGAAGGACGCCCUGGACAUGGAGGUCAAGCAGAACUUCAUCGACCCGCUGCAGAACCUCCACGACAAAGACCUGAAGGAGAUCCAGCAUCACCUGAAGAAAAUGGAGGGGCGGCGUCUGGACUUCGACUACAAGAAGAAGCGGCAGGGGAAAGUCCAGGACGACGAGAUCAAGCAGGCGCUGGAGAAGUUCGACGAGAGCAAAGAGAUCGCGGAGCAGAGCAUGUUCAACCUGCUGGAGAGCGACAUAGAGCAGGUGAGCCAGCUGGCAGCGCUGGUCCAGGCCCAGUUGGAGUACCACAGCCGCUCCUCAGAAAUCCUGCAGCAGCUCUCCAGCAAGAUGGAGGACAGGAUAAAAGAGGUGUCCAGUAAACCCAGGAAGGAGUACACUCCCAAACCCAAGAUGACGCUGGAGCUCCUGCCCCCCAGCGAGAGCCACAACGGGGGGAUCCACUCGGCCAAGUCCCCGGGGAAAUCGCCAGCGCCGAUGGACCAGCCCUGCUGUCGAGCGCUCUACGACUUCGAGCCAGAGAACGAGGGCGAGUUGGGCUUCAAGGAGGGCGACAUCAUCACUCUGACCAAUCAGAUCGACGAGAACUGGUACGAGGGCAUGAUCAACGGCCAGUCGGGCUUCUUCCCCAUCAACUACGUGGAUAUCCUGGUGCCGCUGCCCCACUAGUGUCCAGCCGGCCGCCCGGUCCUUCCCUCUCGACCAAUCAGCCUGUAUUUGCAGAAACGACAAACCACGCCCUCCUUCUACUUCUUCUUCUUCUUCUUCUUCUUCUUCUGUGCUUCUGUGCAAUUCUGCUUUCACUACAACGGACCGAGACGAGAGAGGCGGUGGACAACACAGGACUUUCAAAAAGAGACGAUGAGGAGGAGACUGUAGGGUAAGCGGCGCAGCGACGGAGGACUGAAAGAGACGAGAAGACGGAGAGAUGUAGGUCUGUUGAGGCACGGUGCUUAGCCUGGCAGCGAUGGACGCCGACGAGGCUUUGGAGACUUGCAAACAAGGCACAGUGUAUCACGUACGUGCAUGUCUGAAUGUGUGUUUCAACCUGUCCGUACUCCGUUAUGACGAAGCCAGCCAGCACCCACUCCUGCUCCUCGGUUACCAACCUGACGGCUUUUCCUCGUCCCUUUGCUUCGACUUCUGCUUUUCUACAAGUUUUCAGUUUUGUUCUCUCCGUCUUACUAGCACUGCCUUUUCGCAUGGCUCCGUAACCCGCAGAGCUGCAGCCGUUGUCAUUUCUGCCUUUCUCGGAGUCGGCGUAGAUUUUCAGUUCAGUGGUUGGAUGCAUGGACCAGCCACAUCCAACGGUUUACCAGAUUAGACCGGAUACCGGGUUUAAUCCCUUGCUUUGAGUUUAUCCGUCUUGGAUGGAAACUUUAGGAGACGGCAGCCAUGUUGGGUCGGUGGAAGAGAGGAAAACCUUGAGGUCGCCGUGUUCUACAGCGGCUAAAAUGAACUGGUAACCAUUUGUAGAAAGAUUUGCACUGAGCUAAAGAGAGGUUUUGUUUUCUGUCCUCUUAGAGUCACACCUGUUGGUUUUAAAAGUGUGGGGCUGCUUGCCGAUUUGUCUAGUUCCCUGCCUUUGCAUGCGAGACUGACUUUGUUCCAACAAGCAUUCAGUUCGGAUGUUGAUCACUGCCUCCCCAAAUCGACACGUAACUGUUGAAGUAGGAAACAAAAUAGUUUGCAGCCGUUACAGUUUUCACUAAUUUCACUGACAACCGGUUUGCCAUCAGUCGGAUUUUAACGUAAAAGAACUUUAUUUAUAUUUGUAGCUUCUUAGGAAGACAGAAAGGUAAUUUCUGAUCAUCUUUAUCAUGUAAGAAAUGGCGCUUGAAGGAGUCAGACUUUGGUUUCUGCAUUCAUGAGAUUUAUUUGAACUCUAAACAUGAACUCGACAAAAACACAAUUUCUUCACUAAUACGUAAUUGAAUCCGGUUCUUGGAUAUAGUUUUAUACAUUGACCAGUUCCUUUAGUAUGUUUUCACAUUAGAUCAUAUUUAAUUUCCCUUUGGGAUCAAUAAAUUAUCUUUUAACCGACCUGAACAAUAUUCACUUAGGUCUUGUAUCUUCAGUGGUGCAGAACUAUCAGAAGGUUAUUUUUGACUCCACAUAAACAUUAAAACUGUAAACGUG